GCCCGGGGUGGCACGAGCCGGCGGCGGCCCGAGGGCGAGUCUGAGGCGAGGAGGCCGCGGGGACGCGAGAAGAGGCUGGCCGGGCCCCCGCCGCCAUGGAGAACGCGCACACAAAGACGGUGGAGGAGGUGCUGGGCCACUUCGGCGUCAACGAGAGCACGGGGCUGAGCGUGGAGCAGGUCAAGAAGCUCAAGGAGAGAUGGGGCUCCAACGAGUUACCGGCUGAAGAAGGAAAAACCUUGCUAGAACUUGUGAUUGAGCAGUUUGAAGACUUACUAGUUAGAAUUUUAUUGCUGGCAGCAUGUAUAUCUUUUGUUUUGGCUUGGUUUGAAGAAGGUGAAGAAACAAUUACAGCCUUUGUAGAACCCUUUGUAAUUUUACUUAUAUUAAUAGCCAAUGCAAUUGUGGGUGUAUGGCAGGAAAGAAAUGCUGAAAAUGCAAUUGAAGCCCUUAAGGAGUAUGAGCCUGAAAUGGGCAAAGUGUAUCGACAGGACAGAAAGAGUGUACAGCGAAUUAAAGCUAAAGACAUAGUUCCUGGUGAUAUCGUAGAAAUCGCUGUUGGUGACAAAGUUCCAGCUGAUAUAAGACUAACUUCUAUCAAAUCUACAACUCUGAGAGUAGACCAGUCGAUUCUUACAGGUGAAUCUGUCUCUGUCAUCAAGCACACGGACCCUGUCCCUGACCCACGGGCUGUCAACCAAGAUAAGAAGAACAUGCUCUUUUCUGGCACAAACAUUGCUGCUGGAAAGGCCAUGGGAGUGGUGGUGGCAACUGGAGUUAACACUGAGAUUGGCAAGAUCCGGGAUGAAAUGGUGGCAACGGAGCAAGAGAGAACACCCCUCCAGCAGAAACUGGAUGAGUUUGGAGAACAGCUGUCCAAAGUUAUCUCCCUCAUUUGUAUUGCCGUCUGGAUCAUAAACAUUGGGCAUUUCAAUGAUCCCGUUCACGGAGGUUCUUGGAUCAGAGGUGCUAUCUACUACUUUAAAAUUGCGGUGGCCCUGGCUGUCGCAGCCAUUCCCGAAGGUCUGCCUGCUGUCAUCACCACCUGCCUGGCUCUUGGAACACGCAGAAUGGCAAAGAAAAAUGCCAUUGUUCGAAGCCUUCCCUCGGUGGAAACCCUUGGUUGUACUUCUGUUAUCUGCUCAGACAAGACUGGUACACUUACGACAAACCAGAUGUCGGUCUGCAGGAUGUUCAUUCUGGACAGGGUCGAAGGCGAUACUUGUUCUCUUAAUGAGUUCACCAUAACUGGAUCAACAUAUGCACCUAUAGGAGAAGUGCAUAAAGAUGAUAAGCCAGUAAGAUGUCAUCAGUAUGAUGGUCUUGUAGAAUUAGCAACAAUCUGUGCUCUUUGUAAUGACUCUGCUUUGGAUUACAAUGAGGCAAAGGGCGUGUAUGAAAAAGUUGGAGAAGCUACAGAGACUGCACUCACGUGUCUGGUAGAGAAGAUGAAUGUAUUCGAUACGGAAUUGAAGGGUCUUUCUAAAAUAGAACGUGCAAACGCCUGCAACUCGGUCAUUAAACAGUUGAUGAAAAAAGAAUUUACCCUAGAGUUUUCACGCGAUAGAAAAUCAAUGUCGGUUUAUUGCACACCAAACAAACCAAGCCGAACAUCCAUGAGCAAGAUGUUUGUGAAGGGCGCUCCCGAGGGUGUCAUUGAGAGGUGUACCCACAUUCGAGUUGGAAGCACGAAGAUUCCCAUAACUCCGGGGGUCAAGCAGAAGAUCAUGUCUGUUAUUCGGGAGUGGGGCAGUGGCAGCGACACCCUGCGCUGCCUGGCUCUGGCCACUCACGACAACCCAAUGAGGAGAGAAGAGAUGAACCUUGAGGACUCUGCCAACUUCAUCAAGUAUGAGACCAAUCUGACCUUCGUUGGCUGCGUGGGCAUGCUGGACCCCCCGAGAAGUGAAGUGGCCUCGUCAGUGAAGUUGUGCAGGCAGGCAGGCAUCCGCGUCAUCAUGAUCACGGGGGACAACAAGGGUACCGCUGUGGCCAUCUGUCGCCGGAUUGGCAUCUUCCGGCAGGAUGAGGAUGUGACGUCGAAGGCCUUCACAGGCCGGGAGUUUGACGAGCUCAGUCCCUCAGCGCAGAGGGACGCCUGCUUGACGGCUCGCUGCUUCGCUCGUGUGGAGCCUUCCCACAAGUCUAAAAUCGUAGAGUUUCUUCAGUCUUUUGAUGAGAUUACAGCUAUGACUGGGGACGGUGUGAACGAUGCGCCUGCUCUGAAGAAGUCUGAGAUCGGCAUCGCCAUGGGCUCCGGCACCGCCGUGGCCAAGACUGCCUCUGAGAUGGUCUUGGCUGACGACAACUUCUCCACCAUUGUGGCGGCCGUCGAGGAGGGACGGGCAAUCUACAACAACAUGAAGCAGUUCAUCCGCUACCUCAUCUCGUCCAACGUCGGCGAGGUCGUCUGUAUUUUCCUGACAGCGGCCCUGGGUUUUCCUGAGGCUUUAAUUCCUGUCCAGCUGCUCUGGGUCAACCUGGUGACAGACGGCCUACCCGCUACCGCCCUGGGCUUCAACCCUCCUGAUCUGGACAUCAUGAAUAAGCCGCCCCGGAACCCCAAGGAGCCACUGAUCAGUGGGUGGCUCUUUUUCCGUUACCUCGCAAUUGGCUGUUAUGUUGGUGCCGCUACCGUGGGCGCUGCUGCAUGGUGGUUUAUCGCUGCUGACGGCGGUCCCCGGGUCACCUUCUACCAGCUGAGUCACUUCCUACAGUGUAAAGACGACAACCCUGAUUUUGAAGGAGUGGAUUGUGCAGUCUUUGAAUCCCCGUACCCGAUGACAAUGGCACUUUCUGUUCUCGUAACCAUAGAGAUGUGUAAUGCCCUCAACAGCUUGUCUGAAAACCAGUCCUUGCUGAGGAUGCCCCCCUGGGAGAACAUCUGGCUCGUGGGCUCCAUCUGCCUGUCCAUGUCCCUCCACUUCCUCAUCCUCUACGUGGAGCCCUUGCCUCUUAUCUUCCAGAUCACACCGCUGAACUUGACCCAGUGGCUGAUGGUGCUGAAAAUCUCCCUGCCCGUGAUCCUCAUGGACGAGACCCUCAAGUUCGUGGCGCGCAACUACCUGGAGCCUGGUAAAGAGUGUGUGCAGCCGGCGCGGCCAUGCUCGCUCUCAGCGUGCACCGACGGCAUCUCCUGGCCUUUUGUGCUGCUCGUAGUGCCGCUGGUGGUCUGGGUCUAUAGCACAGACACUAACUUCACCGAUAUGUUCUGGUCUUGACUGACAGCUUGGCCUAAAGAAGAUGUUUAACUUAAUCAAUUAAUUUUUUUUUUUAUUGUUUAAAGCAACUGUCUAUUUCUGCUGAAUUUUCACAUGAACAUAUUGGCUGGUGAAGGAGGUUUCAUAUUCUAGAUUUUGUUUUGCUUUUUCUGAACUCCAGUGGGGCAAGAUUUUCCUUUUUUUAUACACAUAAUUAAAGUGUCCAUUGACAUGUACAGAGAACUAACACUAUUUUAUGCAAAUAUUUUUUUGUAGAUGAAAAAGCAUGUACAGUGUUCUGUUUAAUACUUGUCCUUGUAUAAAAAACAUAGCUGAGCCAGCAGACAUUGUCAGCAGUUAAUUGGCAGCAGAUUUUAGGCAAGGGAUGUGUGUGGUUUUUCUAAAACUAAAUAGCAUGUGUCGUGUCUUCUGCAUGAUCAUCUGGGUUUAAUUUGAUGUCACAGUCUAAUUGUAUUCCUAAGCCAAUUUUUCUGCACUGAGCAGAGUCCUGCUACCUCAGUCAGUAUUUUUUGGUUUGCCACUUCCUCACCCCUGGCCCUCCGCUCACCUCCACCCCUCCCCGCUCAGCUUCUCCUAGGGUUUCCCGUGGUUCUGUUUACAUCAGUCUUAACAAGAGGUAUGCCUGUUCUCGCUUGUGCAGAAAACAUUGCUCCAGAUUCAAUCUACUGGGUUCAUGGCCCCUCACGUAGUUUCUAAGGUUAUUUAUUUAAAUGUCUAAUGUAUUUUAUUGUAACAGACAUUUUUUUUUUUUUUUGCCAGCAUUGCCUAUUUCAGUGGCACUUCACAAUCUAGUUUAAAAAGAAAAAAUAAAACAUUUUAAAUGGACAGAGAAAAAAAAUAACUGUCUUGUUUUUAACUCUUAAAUGGCUGAGCUUUAAAUAUCCAACUUUCUUUUGCGUUCUUAGCUCAGACCCUUAGUUAGCAUUCCUGUGCUCGGUGGGAGGGUCCCGUCAGCUCAGAGCGAGCAGCAGGAGUCUGACCUGAGGCACAGGCACUCGCUGUUAUCUCUGGUCCAUGUUUUGUACAAACUCCUGCCGGCCUGUCCCGCCUGCUGUAGAGAACACAAGGGCAGUGUGCGUGUGUACGUGCGUGUAUGUGUUUUGUAAAAUCUGUAAAUAGCACGUGACCAAAUGAACAUAUUGUAUAGAACUAUUUUUAUUUUACUGUGGCGCUAACCACCACCAUCAUUCCUGUGAUAAAUGUUUGCGCAUGUUCCGAGAUCAGUCUUACCAACAGUGUAUAAAUCAUUAACAGUCCUAACUCUGGUGUUUUUCUCCAAUGCCUUCCAACAUUCAUCAACUAAAGUGAGUAUUUUCUUCCCUGUAACUUGGAUGCUUUAGCUUACAGGUGACUGUCACAACAUGAGAUAGCUGUGUGACGCUAAUGAAUCAGUAGUGACUUCCUCCAUCCCCAGUGAGGCCGGUGUUGCUCUGCCGUGCCAGCUACCCCGGCAGGGACGGCCUGUGGCAGCAGCCGGGUGGCACGAGAGACUCGGCGCAGCACUAGCUGACCGAUGUGACUCUGCAGAUGCCACACGCUGCCUAGGACAGUGGCUCGGCAGGAUUUCUGGGAGGGCCACGCCAGGCAGGCCCAGGGAGCGGUGCUGGUCCAGGGCUGAGAUGAGGAUCCACAGAGAUGUGUCUGGUUCUUUUGAUCUUUUUUAGCGGCAAGGACUGGGCCCCAAACAUUGCUGCCUCGUUCAUUAGGAAGCAGAAGGCUGGUGAACGCCGAACCAGCCACAAACCCCGAGUCACGAGGCUACUUUUAAAGAGACUUCUUGUUUCGCCCCCUGGGUCAGUCCCUUGGUGGCCAAGACUUUUCUCUCCAGGGCGUGUUAAAGCACAGGUACCAACCCGAGGCUCCACUCAGUCCCCGUCAGCCCCGUCGUAGUCCACAUGAGCGUGGCCCCGUUUGUAUUUGAGGUGGCAGGGAAGGGGCUUCAGUGCUGGUCAUCGGGCCAGCAAGGUGUGAUGGGAGCACUUGGCGUUUGAGAGGAGUUAAUGGAUGUCAAGCAGGACAGGUGCUGCCGAGUGCAGAGGUCGCAGUCUAACGGGACACAAGUGGAGCAUGGAAACAGGCUCUGAACAUGCGGUCUCGACCCGCUGAGGCUCUCAGGGAAGGGAGGCUGCUGUCUUUAGCAUCAGAAAGCAGGAGAGGAAACAUGUUGAGUGAAGCAUUUUAACUGCAAACCAAAACGGUGUCUGGGCUGGCUGAGCAGGGCACUCAGUACCCACUGGAACCAGAGUGACAGAGCCAAGUGUUUCGACCGAAUUCCUCGACUUGGUCACAUGGGUGGGGCAGCUGCAGGACCUUGUCCACCCCAGUGAUGGCACCAGCCGUAGCUCCUGCAGCCCCUGGAUUUGGUUUAGGCACCCACUUCCCUAGGCCUAGACAGCUGGACUCUGAAUAGAUGAACCCACAAAGACAGGGGUGCCUCCAGGGACGGCCAGCCAGCGCUCUGCUCCCCCACCCACCCAGCAGGAGGACAGGUGGCGGCAUCUCAGACCCACUCAAUACCUGCUGUUGGGCAGCCCUUGCCCGAAAGUCUCCAUGUUCUCCUGACACGCAGGUGGCAGAAGCCUCUCCUGUCUGUCCUGCUUUCUGCCCCCUACCUCUCGCAGCCUCUCUGAUAGGGCCGUGCCCUUUGCCCAGGGGCCCGAGGGUGCGGGGCAGAGGCGGAGUAGCUGGCCGGCUUUGCUCACAAGCAGCUGCUGCCAUGUGUACCUCACAGUGGUCACGGCUGCAUGGUGGGCAGACCCCAUAGAGAUUGUGUCUGCCGGCCACCUGGGGUGUCUACAGUUAUCAUGAGCUCCAUGUUGCCCUUUGACCUAAACCACUGAAUUCUGCAACCCAGGGCCCUGCAGUUAAGGACAAGGCAGCCUUCAGCUUGUGUGUCAGCCGGGGAUGGAGACCAUGAGCCGGACAAAGCUGUUUUCCCUGGCAGGGCAGGGCCUGGCCCCUGCAGAGGCUGCUCUGAGGACAAGGGGAGAGCUAGGGGCUCUGCACCACCGCUCGCUGCUCCUCUGUGCUCCGUGUCCUUAACCUCUGCACUGCUAACCACCCCCUUUCCUCUGGCCUCUCUCACUGCUGGUAAACACCCGAACCUUCUCCUGAAGCACCCACCUGCCAGCCCGCCUGUGGCAGCCUCCUGCAAGCCAGGGUGGCUUUGUUCUGCAGCCGGAAAGCCCGAGGGGUGUGUGUCACUGAGCCAGGCCUUCUGGGAUGCAAGCCUGCUUGGGUGCGUCUCAGGAACCGUUAACCAGAAAUGCUGGCCUUAACCUUACAGAUCAGACUGGGUGUCCUUUUCAUCUGUCACCAUUAGUCUUAAGUAAACAGUUAUUCUAACAUUUCCUCCCUGUGUUUCAUAAAGCUGAUUUCCUCUCUCUUUCCUUUUCAGCAAUACUGGAGUAACCGCUUCCUAAACCAUUUUGCAGAAAUGUAAGGGUGUUCGGUUGCGUGCAUGUGUGUUUUUAGCAAUACAUCUACCGACCUCUGCAUGAUUGAUGUUGGGGGAAGGAGACAAGCUUCCCCGACUCUGUGUGUUCUGUGGAGGAGAUGUGUAUUAGCAGUGGGGUGUUUAGCUUUUCAAUGAGAAUAAUUACAAAUGUACAAUUUAGCUGAAUGAACCAGAAACCUCUCCAGAGAAGUUUGGUUUCUUUGCUGCAAGAAGAAUGAGGUUCUGCAACCUCAUCCAAGAACUUAGAAGCCAUCAGCCAAGUCUCCAUUCUUCUCUGUGCAAAACGUCCCAGCUUAUGUAAAUGUAUAAUAUUCAGUUCUCAGUUGUAAUGCAUGCCUUCCGUUGUAAGUAGCCAGAUUUCUCUCCGAUGUCAUUGAAAUAUGCCACUUUUUAAUUGGCCCUGUACAGUUUGCUUAUUUAUAAAUUCAUUGGAAACACUACAUGUGUUGAAUGGUUAAAAUGCAGCCCUCCAGUUCAUAACUUCAGUCACUUUUGAGUGUGCAGACAGCUCAUUUGCGCUGUAUUAAACGUAACUUAUUUAAUGAGAUCAGAAGCAGUAGACAGAUGUUGGUGCAAUACGAAUAUUGUGUGCAUUUAUCUCAAUAAGAUGCUAAACGUCAGUUUAUCACAACGCAUGUGUGACUUUAGACUGUAAAUAGACAUCAGUUGUUUAUUUCUGUGCUGUAACCAACAUUGCACAGACAUGGUUUCAGGUAAAUAAAUCUAUUCUACGAUAA